AAAUAGCUAGCCUUACAUAUAUGAUAUAUCCCAUUCUCCUACAGCAAAUUUUCACUUUGACACCCAACACAACCCAAGCCACAAAGCCAAAUCAACCAUGGCCAUUACCAACCUCCCUCUUCUCCUCCUACUAAUCCUUCUCAUGAACCCAUUGCAAAACGUUUCGAGUGUAGGCAUAAACUAUGGCACACUUGGCAACAAUCUCCCAUCUCCAAAGAAAGUAGCCCAACUCCUCCAAUCCACACUCAUAGACAAGGUCAAAAUCUAUGACACCAACCCAGAAAUCCUCCAAGCCUUUUCCAACACCGGCAUCGAUCUCAUCGUUGCCGUCGAAAACUCCCACGUUUCAAACAUCAGCACCGAGGUUUCCUCAGCAGACGAGUGGUUGUCCACACGUGUCAUUCCCUUCAUUCCAGCCACUUCCGUUGUAGCCAUUGCUGUAGGUAACGAGUACUUAACAACCAAUGACAACAAACUCGAACCUAAAGCCUUAGUCCAAGCCAUGCAAAAUUUACAUGCAGCACUUGUAGCUCGAGGUCUAGACCGUAAAAUCAAAGUCACAACCCCACAUAGCAUGGCUAUUCUAGCUUCUUCUUUUCCUCCUUCAGCUUCAACUUUUGCUUUAAAUCUUAUGCCAACAAUGACAGCCAUUGUUGGGUUCUUAGCUGACACUGGUGCACCCUUUAUGGUCAAUGCUUAUCCAUAUUUUGCUUACCGUGAUAACCCUGGUUCGGUUAAUUUAGAGUAUGCAUUACUAGGAAAUGCCACUGGGGUACGUGACCCUAAAGGGUAUGUGUAUAACAACAUGUUAGAUGCACAAAUUGAUUCUAUUAGGUCAGCUAUCAAUGCUUUAGGCUUUGGAAACAUGACCAUUGAGAUUACUGUAUCAGAAUCUGGAUGGCCUUCUAAAGGUGACCAUGGUGACAAAGCAGCUACAACGCAAAAUGCAAAGACUUAUAACACUAGGUUGAUUGAACGUGCCCAAGCCUAUAAAGGUACACCCAUGAAGCCUAAAGAUAAGAUUGAGAUAUUUGUGUUUGCUUUGUUUAAUGAAAACAAAAAAGAAGGAGAUGAGACUGAGAGAAAUUUUGGGAUGUUUAAUGGGGAUGGAUCUAAGGUAUAUGAUGUGGAUUUGAGCUGCCAGUUUUGUAGCAAUGGAGGGACAUUGGGGUUUGGUGAGAAAGUAUCUGGUGCAGCCAGGGGUCCAUCAGUUUGGUGUAUAGCUAAGCCACAUUCAGAUGACAAAGUGCUUCAAGCUGUGUUGGAUUUUUGCUGUGGACCUGGUGGUGUGGACUGCAGAGAGAUUUAUGAAAGUGGGGAUUGCUUUGAGCCUAACAAGCUUCUUGCUCAUGCAUCAUAUGCCAUGAAUGCUUAUUAUCAGAUGCAUGGAAGGAACUAUUGGAACUGUGACUUCAAAGGCUCUGGCCUUGUUGCCUUCAGUGAUCCAAGUUAUGGAACAUGCCGGUACCCUCAACAGUGAUUCAUGAUCAAGAAAUGCCAGAGGUCUUACUGUGGUUGACAGCUCUCUCGUGUUGUUUGUUAGUACUAUCAGUUAAAAGUAAGAUGUGAAAUUUCGAAUAUGCUUAUUACUAGGAACAUUGGAUUGAUUGUGUCCCUACCAUUUUAUCAAAAGAAAGAAAAAAUAUUUGGUCA